AGAAGAUGCAUGCUGGAAGAUUAUUGUACCCUGUGGUUCUGUUCUGCAUAACCUCUUGGACUGUUGUUGCUCAAAGCAGAAUGUAAUGAAACAGACGGCAUGAGAGAUGCACAAAUAAUACCCGAUUCAAGUAUCACUUCACCUACAUCACCUAAUGUUAACGUAACUCAAAUAAGAGAUGGUGGUGCAGUUUUCCCUAUUGGACAGAACGCAGAAAUUGUAAUAAAUCUCACACAAACAUGUAAAAUUGAAGUUGAAGUAGGAAGUGUAACUGUUCCUGUAGGCAAUGUUGCUUUAAUUACCGUUAUACCAAUUGAUUCUGAUGGUAAUGAAACGACUGUUGCUUCAAAAACUGAAAAUGUUCCUGGAAAUAUAGCUAGUGUUACUUUCCCUGAUGAUGUUCGAGCUGCUAAGGUUAAAAUUAUAUUAACUCCAACAGAUAGUUCUAUACCAAUUUCCACUACUGGUGCAUUAGAAGUUAUAGCCUGUUUUGAAUGCGGAUCUAACGAAUUUACGACUCCAGAAACGACGACGAGGAGGACGACUCCAGGAAGGCCAACGACGACGAGGAGGACGACUCCAGGAAGGCCAACGACGACGAGGAGGACGACUCCAGGUUGCAUGACAGAGCCAAAUAUCAGCAAUGCAAUUAUAACCACGAAUUCUCCAACACUGUUUACAACAGUCAAUAUCACUUGUCGUGAAGGGUUCAGAAUGACACAAAUUCUGAGUUGUGAUUCUGAUAAUUUGAAAUAUGAAGACACAGAAUGUAGACCAGUUGAAUGUCCGUUGAACCCGGUAAUAAGAAAUGGUGACCUGACUUCUGCGAUCGGGUCAAGAGUUAUUGGAGUUAAAUAUAAUUUUAGGUGUAAAAGACCUUUUACUAAACAAGGGGGAGAAGGAACUAUAAUAUGUAAUACGUGUGGAGAAUGGGAAACGGAUAUAACAUGUGUAGGUCCUUGUCAGUUCCAGGAAGUCGGGUGUCAAGGCUUUCCACCUGGGUAUGCUCCAAUUGUGAAAACCAGAGAAUACUCACGGACUGCAUGCGAGACAUCAUGUAACAACAAUCCUAGGUGUACGACAUGGUCUUUCCUCGAGUAUCGCUGCAAACUAUACACAUCUCCUGUCAUUAUGGUUAUCGGAGGUUCACUAACAAGGGCUAAGUGUCAACAGUUGUGCGCCUUUAAUCGCAGAUGUUUGUCCGUUGUCUCUACACCUACAGAGUGCGCUCUGUUUGAUAAAAGACAACUAGAAACUUCACGUGGAGCAACUGGGUUGAAUUUCUACUACUCUAAAAUCGAUGAAGAUUGUGAGUAAUGUAGCCAACACCCUACAUUGAGUAUAAUUAAUAUCUAUUCCGAAUCGUAAAUAAAUAAUUUACAUGCAUUAU